UUUUUCAUCUGAGUGUGUUCAAAGAACAUUCAAAACUGUUUCUCCAAAGAGUUCUGCAGAAACUCAGACUGUUUUCUAAAGCAGAAGCACCGGAGUCCAUAUCGGAAGCGAUGGGCAGCGUGCGAACCAACCGCUACAGCAUCGUUUCCUCGGAAGAGGAUGGUAUGAAGCUAGCAACUAUGGCAGUGGCCAACGGCUUUGGGAAUGGGAAGAGCAAAGUACACACCAGGCAACAAUGCAGGAGCCGGUUUGUCAAGAAAGAUGGCCACUGCAACGUCCAGUUCAUUAAUGUGGGUGAAAAAGGUCAGCGAUACCUAGCAGACAUCUUUACCACUUGCGUCGACAUCCGUUGGAGAUGGAUGUUGCUUAUCUUCUGUCUGGCUUUCAUCCUCUCCUGGCUCUUCUUUGGUUGUGUAUUUUGGUUGAUUGCCUUAUUGCAUGGGGACCUAGAGGAAGUGGAGAAACCUUGUGUGUCUGAGGUGCGCAGCUUUACUGCAGCCUUUCUGUUCUCCAUUGAAACGCAGACCACAAUCGGCUAUGGCUUCAGGUGUGUCACAGAUGAGUGCCCUAUUGCAGUCUUCAUGGUGGUUUUCCAAUCAAUAGUUGGCUGCAUCAUUGAUGCCUUCAUCAUCGGUGCUGUCAUGGCUAAGAUGGCGAAACCCAAAAAGAGAAACGAAACUCUCAUCUUCAGUCACAAUGCGGUAGUCGCCAUGAGAGAUGGAAAACUGUGCUUGAUGUGGCGGGUUGGUAACCUGCGCAAAAGCCACUUGGUGGAGGCGCACGUGAGAGCUCAGCUCCUCAAAUCCCGAAUCACCACUGAAGGAGAGUACAUCCCUCUAGAUCAAAUAGACAUCAACGUUGGGUUUGACAGCGGGAUAGAUCGUAUAUUUUUGGUCUCGCCCAUUACAAUUGUCCACGAAAUAGAUGAAGAGAGCCCUUUAUAUGACUUAAGCAAGCAAGAUAUGGACAAUGCAGAUUUUGAAAUCGUAGUGAUAUUAGAAGGCAUGGUGGAAGCCACAGCUAUGACCACUCAGUGCCGUAGCUCGUAUCUAGCAAAUGAAAUCCUGUGGGGCCAUCGCUACGAGCCGGUCCUGUUUGAAGAAAAGAACUAUUACAAAGUGGAUUACUCAAGGUUCCACAAAACAUACGAAGUGCCGAACACGCCCCUUUGCAGUGCCAGAGACUUAGCUGAGAAAAAAUAUAUCCUCUCGAAUGCAAAUUCAUUUUGCUAUGAAAAUGAAGUUGCCCUUGCGGGUAAAGAAGAAGAGGACAGUGACAAUGGGGUGCCUGAGAGCACAAGUACGGAUACUCAUCCAGAGAUGGACCAUCUUAGCCAAGCAGGUGUGCCCCUAGAACCAAGACCUUUAAGGCGAGAGUCUGAAAUAUGACUGGGGUGGGGAGAAUACUUUCCGCAAUGUUUAAAAUGUAUCUCACCAUAACGGGCAUGCUGCAUUGAGAAGUGGCUGCAAACAGGUUUUCAGCUGAUGGUACUGUUGGACAGAGAUGGGCAAGCAGCCCUAAGGAAUCAACCUGAGCGCUGUCGUCAGAGUAGGUACAGCAAGGCGUGAACUUGGAACCUGAAGCACUAUGUCUAUUGAUUGCUAGAAGGCACAUAUGUUGUAGAAUAAAUUAUGUAUAUA